GAUUGCUCGAGUCAGUUGCUAAACGUUUGCCGGCCUUUUUGGAUGUCGAAAAUCAUUGUUGUAGCGGUAGUGUGUGCCGUACGGUUGCGCUCGGUCUCAAUUCGUCGUUUACGUGCGGUCGAUUUUCCUGCUACCUGCCCAAUUAGUUGCUGAAGUAAGGCUCGCUAAGGAAAAGCGAGAAUCGUCAAGCCUAGGCUUGAACUGCUCUUACUCUACACUGUGCAACACAGAGUAGGUAGACGCGGGUGUUUCUUUGUUUGUGUUUGUUCUAAGCGCGCGUUGUGACAGAGUUCUAACAAACAGAAAAAUGUUUCACAGAUUUUCAGCAAGUAUUGGAAAUUUUACGAAGAAGUGAAUUUUUGUGGCAAAAAAAAUCGUUCGCUGUGUAAGUUACUAAAUGCUAGUAGAUUGGCAACCACUGGUCAUAUUAUUAGACUUAAGUGAAAUUCUACGGUUUAUUAAACUCAAAGCGCAAAACUAAACAUAAAUUUUUAGAUAAAAAGGGCUAACUGGACUUGCUGACAUUGAAAAGUGCAACAAAAAUAUUUUUAAACAAAAAUAUACACAAAAAGUGAAACUUAAAUCUUUGAAAUAAAAAUAAUAAUAAAAUAAUGCAAAAAUAAUUUAAGCUUAAAAAUAAUUAUCAAUAAAAUAUCGCAAAUAUAUUGAGAUUCUACAACAAAAUAUUGCAAAAAAUAUGAUUUAAACAAAAGAAAUAAAGCAAAGUGCCACAAAUUAAAGCCACAUUGUUGCAACAGCAAUUCACACUUGCAACAAAACAACGUUAGUUUGCUGAAAUGCUAAACCGUGGCACUCACAUGCAGUUAUAGGCAAACAGCUACAAUAAUAAAAAAAAUCGUAUUGACAAAGAAGAAGUGUUUUACUGGCAGCCAGUGAGCGCCUGCAGCUGGACGACAGCCAAGUGCAAAAUACAAAAACAAAAGCAAAAAGUGAAUAGAAUUAUAAAUCAAAAUCGCGCAAAUCAAAUAUUGAGUGGAAACGAACAAGCAACAAAGGAUUUGCUACAACAACACGCUUGUGUUUGCACUGCAGUUUACAAGUUUCAAAUAAAAUGCAACAAAUAGCCGACGGCAAUACGCCACAUGCGUUGGCUGCGGAGUGGCAACAGCAGCAGCGACGACGCCAGCGGACAACUGUCGCCACACAGCCAAUGCUAAAAAUACAUACAAAUGCUGCGUCAUCGCUGCUAGUGCGUGGCGCGCUGAUGUUGUUGUUGUUGCUAAUGGUCGACGACAGCGGUUUAGCUGGAAUGCAGCAUGUUGCAGCGCUUAAGGGCGAUAAUCCACGCAUUAUCGAACACCCUAUGGAUAUGACAGUGCCAAAAAAUGAUCCCUUCACAUUUAAUUGCAAAGCCGAAGGUGAUCCAACACCAUCGAUACAAUGGUUUAAGGAUGGGCAUGAAUUGAAAACGGAUACGGGCUCACAUCGGCUUAUGUUGCCAGCUGGCGGUUUGUUCUUUUUAAAGGUGAUACAUUCACGUCGUGAAAGUGACGCGGGCACGUAUUGGUGUGUGGCAAAAAAUGAGUUUGGUGUGGCACGUUCGCGCAAUGCCACGCUGCAAGUUGCAUUUCUACGCGAUGAAUUUCGCCUCGAACCGCAAAAUACACGCGUCGCCCAAGGCGAAGUGGCGCUGAUGGAGUGCGGUGCGCCGCGCGGCUCACCAGAACCGCAAAUUUCAUGGCGUAAAAACGGACAAACAAUGAAUUUGAGCAGCAACAAACGCAUACGCAUUGUCGACGGCGGUAAUUUGGCCAUACAAGAUGCGCGUCAGUCGGACGACGGGCGUUAUCAGUGCGUGGUGAAAAAUGUGGUGGGAACACGAGAGUCGGCGACGGCGUUUCUAAAAGUGCACGUGCGUCCAUUCCUCAUACGCGGACCGCAAAAUCAAACCGCCGUGGUUGGCAGCUCGGUUAUCUUUCAGUGUCGCAUUGGUGGUGAUCCAUUACCGGAUGUCCUGUGGCGACGCACCGCUUCAGGCGGAAAUAUGCCAUUACGUCGUGUGCACAUCCUCGAGGAUCGCAGCCUGAAAUUGGAUGACGUUACGCUGGAAGAUAUGGGCGAGUAUAGCUGCGAAGCGGAUAAUGCGGUCGGCUCAAUUACAGCCACGGGCACACUAACCGUACACGCACCACCCAAGUUCAUCACACGCCCCAAAAAUCAACUCGUCGAAGUCGGUGAUGAAGUGCUCUUCGAAUGUCAAGCCAGCGGCUAUCCCAAGCCCACACUCUACUGGUCGGUCGAGGGCAAUAGCUCGCUACUCUUCCCCGGCUACAAAGACGGGCGCAUUGAGGUGACGCUAACGCCCGAGGGUCGUUCGGUGUUGUCGAUAUUGCGUUUCGCACGCGAAGACUCCGGCAAAGUGGUGGUUUGUAAUGCUUUGAAUGCGGUUGGUAGUGUAAGCAGUCGCACCGUUGUCACGGUGGACACACAAUUCGAAUUGCCACCGCCAAUUAUUGAGUUGGGUCCCGUCAAUCAAACGUUGCCGGUGAAAUCGAUCGUAACGCUGCCGUGUCGCACCAGCGGCACGCCAACACCACAAGUCUCUUGGUAUUUGGAUGGCAUGCCAAUCGAUGUGAACGAGCACGAGCGUCGCAAUCUCUCCGAGGCGGGUACACUCACCAUAGCCGAUUUGCAGCGUAAUGAAGAUGAAGGCCUGUACACGUGUGUGGCGAGCAAUCGUAAUGGCAAGUCAUCGUGGAGCGGUUAUCUACGUUUGGAUACGCCAACCAAUCCAAAUAUUAAAUUUUAUCGUGCACCGGAGCUAUCCACACAUCCGGGUCCGCCGGGUAAACCGCAAGUGGUGGAGAAGACCGAAGAUUCGGUGACACUAUCGUGGACGCGCAGCAAUAAGGUAGGCGCCUCCAGUUUGGUCGGCUAUGUGGUCGAGAUGUUCGGCAAGAAUGAGACGGACGGUUGGGUGGCUGUGGGCGCACGCAUACAGAAUACUACUUUCAUGCAGGUGGGCAUGGUGCCGGGCGUUAACUACUUCUUUGUCAUAAGAGCAGAAAAUUCGCAUGGGCUAUCGCUGCCGAGUCCGAUGUCGGAGCCGAUCAAUGUGGGCAUGCGUUUCUUCAAUAGCGGCUUGGAUUUGAGUGAAGCACGCGCCAGCCUGUUGUCCGGCGACGUAGUGGAACUAAUUAACGCCAGCAUCGUGGACUCGACAAGCAUGAAAUUGACGUGGCAGAUAAUCAACGGCAAAUACGUGGAAGGCUUUUACAUCUACGCGCGUCAAUUACCAAAUCCGCCAACAAGCACCGCAGCCGCCGGUACGGAGCGCAGCAGCGCGAAUGCCAAUCCAUUGCUGGCGGCACGUAGCGGCAGUUCGUCCUCAUCCUCAGCUUCAGCUGAUGCUGCGACGGCCGCAUUGAUUUCGGCUAAACCAAAUAUUGCCGCUGCCAGACGUGAUGCGGCCGUUAAAAAUGCCGCCACCGCAACCAGCAGUACCACAUAUCGCAUGCUAACGAUAUUGAAUGGCGGUGGCGCCUCCUCCUGCACGCUAACUGGCCUGCUGCAAUAUACGCUCUAUGAAUUUUUCAUUGUACCCUUCUACAAGUCGGUCGAGGGAAAGCCGUCGAACUCGCGUAUUGCACGUACACUUGAAGAUGUUAUCAACGAGACACCAUUUGGCAUGGAAGCUGUGCUAUUGAAUUCCUCAGCGGUAUUUUUGAAAUGGCGAGCACCAGCAAUGAAGCCACAACAUGGCAUCUUACUAUUCUAUCACGUGAUUGUGCGUGGCAUUGAUACGGCGCACAAUUUCUCACGCAUACUAACAAAUGUGACCAUUGACUCUGCCUCACCCACACUGGUGUUGGCCAAUCUAACAGAGGGUGUGAUGUAUACCGUUAGCGUAGCAGCUGGCAAUAAUGCUGGCAUUGGACCAUAUUGUGCGCCGGCAACGCUGCGCUUGGAUCCAAUAACCAAGCGGCUGGAUCCGUUCAUUAAUCAACGCUACCCCAUCAAUCAGGACCAUGUCGAUGAUGUGCUCACACAGCCUUGGUUCAUUAUUCUGCUCGGCGCCUUUUUGGCCAUGAUGAUGCUCUCACUCGGCGCAAUGGUUUUCAUUAAACGCAAGCACAUGAUGAUGAAACAAUCGGCAUUGAAUACAAUCAGAGGCGCACACCCAAACGAUGUGCUCAAAAUGCCUAGCCUGUCGCGCAACGGCAACGGUUAUUGGUUGGAUGCAUCCUCCGGUGGCAUGGUGUGGCGCACAUCACCCUCAGGUGACACACUGGAUCUGCAAAAGGAUCAAAUCGCCGACUAUGCACCUGUGUGCCUGACAAACGGCACUGUUGGCGUGAAUAGCGGUGAAAGCGGCAGCGGUGUGGGCGAACGUAGUCAGCAAAGAUAUGUCGGCGAAUACUCGAAUAUACCCACCGACUACGCGGAAGUGUCCAGUUUCGGCAAAGCGCCCAGCGAGUAUGGCUGCGGUGGCGCGCAACGACACGAGACCAGCUCGCCAGCGCCCUACGCCACAUCGGCCAUAUUGAAUGGCGGCGGUCAGCACCAGCAGCAGCAACAACAGCAGCCGCGUUAUCAGCAACGGCCAGGCGAUUUCCGCAUGCAACAACAACAGCAGCAGCAACAACAACAACAACAAUUUAUGCAGCCACAUCAAAGACCCAUGCAUCCACACUAUCAUCAACAGCAGCAACAACAACAACUGCAGCAGCAUCAGCAGCAACACUCUUUGGGCAAUAUUUACCAGCCGAUGUCGGUGGCCAGCGAAACAUAUCCGAGCAACUCGAGCAAUCGGUCCGCCUAUUCGGAGCAAUAUUACUACGCCAAGGAGAAGAUUCAUAUCACGGAGAACAAGUUGAGCGGCUGUCACACCUACGACACGGCAGGUGAGCAACAACAGCAAUUGCAACUACAACCUAUGCAACAGCAAUUUAACGGUGUUGGCACGCUGCGCCGGCAACAUGGCAUGGGCGCCGGCAGUGGACGCUUUAAGGUUAUCAUGCAACAACAACAACACCAGCAACAGCCCAGCUUAAGCAUCGAGAAGCAGCAAGUGCAGAAAAUGAAUGCUUUGAACAACAACAACCACAACGGCAAUGGCGGUGGCCAUGAUAACGGCACCACAGAGUUGUCGAAAAAUUUGCUGGAUUUAGAUGCCGGCUCGUUCUGUUAUAAUGGCCUGGCCGACUCCGGUUGCGGUGGCUCGCCCUCGCCCAUGGCAAUGCUGAUGUCGCAUGAAGAUGAACAGGCGCUAUACCACACGGCGGACGGUGACUUGGAUGGCGAUAUGGAGCGUCUGUAUGUGAAGGUGGACGAACAACAGCCACAGCAGCAGCAGCAGCAGCAUAAACAACAGCAGCAACAACAACAGCAACACAUACUGCCUUUGACGCCCUCAAAUCAAGUGCAUCCCAGCGUGGCCAUCACACUCAGCGCCAACAACAGCGGCAACAGUUGGCGCACAACGAGUCAACAACAGCAGCAACAUCAAACACAACAGCCUUUCGUGCGCGCCGCUUAUCGCGUCGGCAGCGGCAGCAAUAACCUGAUGAUGACUAGCAGCAGCAGCAGCGCCGCCAAGAGCAACAGCAGCAGCAUCGGCGGCAGCAGUUCGCUGAGUUCGUGUUCGGAGAGCGCGGAAGAACGGCAACAGCAACAACAUAAGCUGUUGCAAGGUGGCGAUUGUGACUUGAUUUAUGCGCCCAGCAGUGUGGCAAGUGAACGUAGUUUGUUGAGCAGCAGCGGCAGCGGUUGUGGCAGUGGCAGCGGUGGCAGCAUGUCGGCUCAUCCGCAAGGGCCGUUGGUGUGACCGGUAACGCAGUGCGUUAGCGUGACAUGUGGUGUGGGUAAAGGCACCAGUGUGGGUGUAUCGAAAGGUGGAAUGGGUUUGAUGGGUUACGCGGGGUUAGAUGAAGGCAGUGCGUGCGAUGAGGCAGCUCAGGUGGAUUAUUACACACGCGAGGUGCAGGAGUUAUUAGCGUGGUGUGAGCGUGUGAACAAAGGCCAGUUGGAGUCGAGUGAGUGAAGAGAUUGAAGGGAUAUGGGUGGGUUCGGAGGCGCAUGUAUAUAAUCGGUGUAUGUAUAUGGGUGACGCGGGGCCUAAGGUGUUGAUAAGAUUGGUAGAAUGUUUUCUUUAAUUUUUCUCGACUAAUUAUUUUAUGAUAGAAUAGAAAAUAAAUUUUAAAGAAUUUGAGGUUUCUCUUAAUUUUUAUUUUUAAAAUUUUGUUCUUUAAUUUUUUUUAUUUAAAGAAUAGAAAUCAUAAUAGCUCGAAAGUGCAACGAUUACUGAAAUGAAACGUUUACUGAAGCCUGAAACAUGUUUUAGCGUCUUAAAAACUAUGUUUAACUACCUUUUAUAUCUGCAACAUGUUGCCAGCAACAUUUGGAAUUGAAAAUUUACGCUAGUUUUUAUAAAAUUUCAAAAGUGCUUACAUUUAGCGCCAAAAUAAUUUUUUUCUUCUGGCAACAUUGUUGCGCUACAAUGUUUAUGCAAAAUGUUGCGCAACAUUUUUCUUAAAUUUAUUUUUGAAUUGCGUUGCUAAACUAGAUACCUUUUUUAUGUGCAUAUUUUUCUACUUUUUUAAAUUUAACUAGACUUAAGCAAGCAGGACACCUAAAGGCCUCAGCGAUGCUGUUGUUCCGUUUAUAAUUUUUCUUCGCAACGCUUCAAAUGCGUUUAAAGACUGAUUCUAUAAUAUAACUGUAAUUAAAAUGCUGCUGAAUAUUGCUGGCUUCAAAAUGAUUUCAUCAGCAAGUGAGUUUAACGUAAGAAAUAAUAUUCGCCAAUCAAUAUUACGAGUAUAUAAAGCAAACUGCAAGUGAUUGUUGUUGUAGUCCUAAUAAGAAAGUAAACUAUCACACAAACAACUACAGACAUAUUAUACAUAUAAAUGGUAAAUAAUAUAUUAGGGGGUAUAUAAAUGAUGAACACUAGCACUGCCAGCGAAAUACGAACACACGAACACACGCACUCACACAUAUACACAAACAAGUACACAGGGCGGCAAUGCGGAUUUCAUCGUGAAACUCAUUGCAGGCGACACACUGUAAGAUAGGCUGUUAUUGAUGUGAAAAUUGCAUAUAAUAAAAUGUACUAAAAUAUAGAAAUAAAAAUAAAUUUAAAAAUAUAUAAAAUUAGUAAUUAUAAUUUUUUUAGUAAUAGAUAUUCUAAGGUGUCAUAAGAAUAUGGAAAAACAUAUUUGUAUGUAAUAUGCUGCCAAGCAAAGAAAUAUACGCAAAAAAUCGCGAAUUAAAAAAUUGUAAAAAUAAAUUGUAUUGAAAUUUAUGUGAAAUAAAUAUGUUCAAUGAUAAAGUAAGCAAUUUAAAUUGUGUGUGUGUUUUUCUUUUAAGAAUUACUUUAAUAUUAAAUGUAGUGAAUUUUCAAUUAAUAAAUUGAAAAAUAAAUAAUUUUUUUGUAAAUAGAAAAAACUAUGAUUUAAGUAAAAUUUAUAUGAAUAUCUGUGUGUACUGAAAAUUACGCGGAAGUAUGGUAAAAGGGGGAUAAAAAAUGUAACAGAAAGAUAAAUUUGAUAUCUACAUAGUAUAAUAAAUGUAUAUAAAUAUAUGUAUGUACAUAUAAAUCUAUAUAAAAGCCAGUAACAUACUUUAAUGUAUUUACGUACAAUAUGUGUAUGAAAAAGUUAUUUGUGUUGCUUAGUACAAAUUUUGUUCAAGAUUUUGUACAUCAACUCUCGGCAGUUAGUGCGUGGGAACCUUUGCUUAAAAGGAAACAAAAAUAAAAAAACUUUAGAUUUUAAAUUUUUUUUUAAUUUAAAAUUUUUUUCAAAGAAUUUUGAAAUUUUUUAUUUCAUGCGAGAAAAUUUGAAAUCGAAUUUUUUUUAAAGAAUCGGAAGUGAAGAUCUAAACUUUAAAAUUUUCCUUGAAUAUAAUUUUUUGAAUGCCUUUACUGCAUCCAAGAAA